AUGCCAGGUCAUGUUUUGGCUCCUCCACCAGAUAAUCCGUCUCGCCAAUAUGCCGGAGCCCAUAGCCGGGCCGACUUUUAUCAAGCCUCUAAUGAACACCAUUACUCAAACGCGCGUCAAAGCAGCGAUUCAGGCUUCGAAUACAAUAUGAGAAGGGAGUCCAACUCUCCAGUUAGCGCGCCGUACAUUCAAUCCUACGAUCGUCGCGCCAGCGGCUCUUCAGAGAUGCAUAUGCCUCCCGGACUUUCCUACCAGGAGCAAAUUGCCCGUCUCCCCAGUCCAAGCACGUCGAAAAGAAACAAUGACAAUGGGAUGCUAGAUACCUACUCUCACUCUGCGUCUCAUUUUACUCAUGGCACAAGCUCUGCAAUGACUGGCCCAGCUUCUGAGCAUUCGGGUGACUCAGAAUUUUGGCCCAACAUCGGGUCCCAAGCCUCUCAUGUGGAGCCAAAACCUAAGAAGGCCAGGCGUGAAAAGCCUCGCAUUGAACUUGCUCCGGACCAACCUCCUACAACUCAGGGGAAGCCUCGAGCUCGUGUCUAUGUCGCAUGCUUGCAAUGGCAAGUCUUAUUCGGACACGAAAAAUACGAUGCGACGGUGCAAAGCCUAUUUGUCACAACUGCGGACGCAGGGCGAAUGGGAAUGGAGAAUCGGAGGGGUCCAGACAAGACACCAGGUGCUCGUCAACGUAUGGCACGGGAUAUUAGGAAUGAUGGUGAUAACGGGCCUGCCCCUCGUCGCCGCCGCAGAACUCGUGAUAAUUCGACUUCUGACACAAACCAAACAAAUCAUCAACAAUUCCUAACUCGGCAAUCCGUCACUGGCGAUGAGUCGCCUCAGGAUGGAGACAUGAGCAGUUCAAAUGUUAUGCUCCCUUCACCUGAAAUACCUGCUGAUCUUAGCGGUAACACAAGCAACUUUGUUGCAAUGUCAAAUUACUCGCGAUCGUCGUACUCGCCUUGCGGUUGUCAUGGCCUUACACAAUGUCCGGGUAUCUUAGGUGUUGGAACGCUUUCCAAUUCAAGAAAGGCUGCGUCCGUCAUAAUCUCUUAUGACCAUGGUCUUGAGAUGGAAAAUAUCGUACCGUCGUAUAACACCAAUCGAGGAUUUAUUAUUGAACUCGAUGAAAACGGAAAUGAAAAUCAGGAAUCCAAUGGGCCAGAGCUUGUCAGUGAACCGUCCCUGAACUUCACCCGCAAAGUUUGGUGGGACUCUCUGCUAUCAUUGUAUCUAUCUCCGACAUCCACCCGUUUGCAAGCUCUCACUGUAUCACAGCGCAUGACGGCCACACAAAGCAUAACCGCCGAUCUCCGUUUUCUUUUCAGGGCCUCCAAUUAUUGGUUCUCUUUUUUCCAUAUUCCGAGUUUUUUUGGGAACUUUUAUGAUCCAAUACGCAGAGAAAGAAUUCAGCCUAGCUUAAUUCUUGCAUUACUGGCCCUAGCAACCUUUUGGCAAAGUUCCGAAGUUGGAUAUGGAAAAGAAGGAAGGGAACGUGCUCUACGUUUUCGAGAUGAAGCACAAGCAGCCAUGGAUGCCAGUUUCAAUGCAGGAUGGAUUGACGAAACACUUGCACAAGCAGCAUGGUUACUUGCCCUUUUCGAGAUAUGUGCACAUCCCCGGCAUUCUUCGGAAAGAUCGACGUCGUCAAUGGUUAUGCUCGAUUCGAUUAUACGGAGUCUUUCAUUGACAUCCAUGGAUGCCGGAGAUCCAAACACAUCGAUGUUCUCACCUGGAACUGUACCAGCAGUUUUAGGCUCUCCAAAGUCGCAGAUUGCGUGGCUGCCUGAGCAAUUUCCAGUAGCAUCCCACCCUGGCGUAUGCGACGAAAUUGGAUGUUCAUGUCAGAGUUUUACGUUGGAAGAGCACUGGCCUUCUGCUGCAGAACAUGCUCCGUUGUGGAGUGCUACACCAGCUUGGGACGAUACCUGGACUGAGGCUGAAAUUCGCAAAGAAUCAUGUAGGCGUUUAUGCUGGAGCUCUAUGAUGCUUGCUGCAGGACACAUCUCGUACACCACUUCUCAUAGGUCACAAGGCUUAGACCUGUUUAUCUCGGAUCCUGCCAAUUACGCGCUACUUUUCUCUGGAGAAUCUGUUGCCAAAUCUCCGGCCCUGUCUAGCUAUUCGCCUAAGGACACUGUCUGGGCAUUGCACGACCGAAGUUUCUUGUUGUGGCAUGGCUGCAUCCGGAUGCGAGGCAAUACCCGUGCUACGGACAAUGACAAGGCAGAAUUCGCCAUGAAAGCCUGGUUGGAAGCAGACAGUCUUGAGCAGGCUUUAAAUCGACAUACCUGUGCAAUUGAAAGAGCCUUCAUUUUUCAGGCAAGGGAGUACAUAUUUAACACACGCAUGUGUAUAUCUUAUGAGUUCCAACGAUAUAUCCCUCUGGUGUCCGCAAACGUUAGCGGCCUAUUCCACCGCGACAAGGCUGAAGAGUGGCUGACACAUCAGGCGACCGUAGCGGAGCGCUUCAUGCUUGGCCUGCAUACAGUAACAGGUCAUUCGAGUAAUCUCCUAGCUCGCCGUCCAUUUUUCGUCUUCUGGUUUAUGGGUCAGAUCCAUCGAUCACUUGCCCUAUGGGAGGUUGAUAACACACUGACGGUUGCCUUGGACGUCUGUAAAGCACUUAUUCCUGCUAUUGAUUAUUUAACCGGGUUAUGGCCGUGUGGCGAACAGCGACAUAGAUACGAAUCCCUUCGCCAAAAAGUGACCACUUCCUGCUACAUCGCCGGAAUUGAAGCACCAUCACCAAUUAAUCUGUCUUUUUCACCUCCUUCUGCUCUCGAAGCUUUAAUUUAA